AUGGCGAAGCUGUACAUCUGGUUGCCGCUUCUUGUGGUUGGCUACGCCGUGUACACGCGAUACUUUACCGGCCUGUCCCACAUUCCCGGGCCCUGGGUCGCCAGUGUCAGCAACCUAUGGAAGAUGAAUGCUGCAUGGCACGCGGACAUGCCAAAGCGGAACAUAGCGCUCCACCGCCGGUACGGUGCCCUGGUCAGGAUCGGACCCAACAUGAUCUCGGUCGACGACCCGGCGGCACUGCCCAUCAUAUACGGGUUCAAGCCGAUCUACAGCAAGACGGCCUUUUACCCAAUCGUCGAGGCUCUGUACAAGGGCAAGCUGGUCGCGAACCUGUUCACGACGCGGUCCGAGAAGUACCACGCGCAUCUGAAGCGGGCGUCGGUGAACGCAUAUUCGAUGACGGCGCUCAGCGAGCUGGAGCCCCAGGUGCAGCCGGUGAUUGAGCUCUUCCUGCAGCGGAUCGAAGAGGUUGGCGAGAGCGGCAAACGGGCCUUUGACAUUGGAACCUGGGCGCAGUACUUUGCGUUUGACGCGCUGGGCCAGAUCAACUUCUCGCAGGACCUGGGCUUCCUGCGCACCGGGAGCGACGUGGGGAACAGCAUUGGCACCAUCGACGGCCUGCUCGCUUAUCUGUCCAUUAUCGGGCAGGCGCCGUGGCUGCAUAAGCUGCUGUUGGGCAAUCCGCUGGUGCACCGCAUCCUGCCGCUGGAGAGCAGCAACGAGGUCCAGAACUUUGCGAUCAAGAUGAUUGCGCAGCGGCUCGAGGGCGGGCAGAAGGAGCCCCGGCGAGACCUGCUGGCGCGGCUGCUGGAGCAGUCGGGCAAGCUGAGCUUCAGCGAGAUCAUCGGGCUGACGACGACGAACCUGAUAGCAGGAUCGGACAGCACGGCCAUCGGGCUGCGGGCCAUCCUGUACUUCCUCUGCCGCAACGGGGGCGCGUACAAGAAGCUGCAGCAGGAGAUGGACGGGGCGGUAGCGGCAGGGGCGCUGUCGCAGCCGGUGCGGUACGGCGACGCGACGCGGCUGCCAUACCUGCAGGCCGUCAUUGCCGAGGCGCUGCGGGCCCACGCCGCCACGGGCUUCGUGCUGGAGCGCGAGGUGCCGGCGGGAGGCGUCGAGCUGAGCGGGCGGCGCGUGCCGGGUGGCACCAUUGUCGGCAUCAACUCCUGGGUCAUGCACGCCAACAACCAAGUUUACGGGGCUGAUGCCGAGGCGUUUCGGCCGGAGCGGUGGCUGGAGUUCGAUGAGGACGAUCAGCGCUUGCGCGAGAUGAGGCGCUGCAACAUGUCGUUUGGUGCUGGCCCGCGCGUGUGCAUCGGACGCAACAUAUCCAUGAUGGAGCUGGUCAAGCUGGUGCCGGCGCUGAUGCUCAAGUUUGACUUUGCCCUGGCCCACCCGGAGCAGGAGUGGAAGGUGCUGGGCCACUGGUUCACCAAGCAGACCAACCUAGACAUGGUCUUUGUCCCCCGCCGCGGCUGAUGCAACACCUCCGCUUUCUUUUUCGCUUUUUUCUUUUCUUUUUUCUUUUUUUUUUUUUCCUUUUUUUUUUUCUUCUUUUUCUUUUUCUUUUUUUUCGCUUAUCUGCUUCGACAUGCUUACUCUUACAAACAUACUUUUCGUCUACCUACACACCUAUCUACCUACACACCUAUACGCCUCCACAUGAUUGAUUACUAUGUGCUUACUAUACUCCCAUUGUCGCCGCGUUCAAAAGACGCGUGAAUGCCGUGUAUUGCCAACACACUCUCUCUAACUCUAUUACCUAUCACCAUCAUCAUCACCAUGGCCGCAAUGAAAACGCCAGAAAUUUCCUCGACGCCUGC